GUUAUCGCUGAUCCAACAAGGUUGUGAAAUUAUUGAGAAUUAAGUGAAAAUCUCGGGAAAAACCAUGCCAAAGUUUCCCAUUGCGGGCUACGCGGUGGAUUUCCCCUUCGAGCCUUACGAGGUGCAGAAGGAGUACAUGAGGAAGGUGAUUGAGAGCCUGGAGACGUCGCAGAAUGCAAUGCUGGAGAGUCCCACGGGCACCGGUAAAACAUUGAGUCUGCUUUGUUCAUCGCUGGCGUGGUUGAUGGUUAAAAAAGCAGAACAUGAAGCUUCCAGACCAAAGAUCUUGGAUGAUAUGAGGACGAAGGAUUUGGAUUUUGCAACUAUUAUGAGCAUGACUGAUGGGACUCCAAAGAUCAUUUACGCCUCCCGGACGCACACACAGCUGUCCCAGGCCAUGCAGGAGAUGAAGAGAUCCGGAUAUGCUCACUUAAGAGCCGUGGUUCUCGGUUCUCGCAAUCAGAUGUGCAUCCAUCCAGAAGUGUCAAAGGAGACGAACUCUUCGGUCCAGAUCAACCUGUGCAAGCACACGGUGAAAAAGAAGGAAUGCAGCUUCCACAGCAAUGUGGAGAACAUGAAGUGCAGCGAGGAGUUAAGCAGCGGAGUGGUGGAUAUUGAAGAUCUCGUGACGAAGGGCAGAUCCUCCAAAUUCUGCCCAUAUUACAUGUCUAAGGAGCUGUACAAGGAGGCUAACAUCAUCUUCAUGCCUUACAACUAUAUCCUGGACCCGAAAGCGCGGCGGGCCAAUCAGAUUGAGCUGAACAACUGUGUUGUGAUCCUGGACGAGGGUCAUAAUGUGGAGAAGAUGUGCGAGGACGCGAUGUCGCUUCAGCUCACCAGCACAGAUGUUGCCUCAUCCAUCACAGACGUGACUUCUGCAAUGGAAUUGCUGGACAAGGCUCAGGACAGUGGUGAUAUGUUGGGAUAUGAGGAGCGCAAAGACAUCUCGCUGGACGAUCUGGCGACGUUCAAAGAAGUCCUCCUUGCGCUGGAGAAGACUAUCGAUGUGAUCAAGGUGGACCACAAAAAGACUGGCGUGACAUUCGGUGGGGAGUAUGUGUAUGACUUCCUCUCGCAGGCCAGCAUAUCAUUCCAGAACUUCCGGGCAAUGCUAAACCUCAUCGAUAACCUUCUGCAGUACUUCGCUGUGGUGUCACUGAACAAAGCGCUGGGCGUGAAAGGUGUGGGCCUCCAGAAGCUCGCUGAUCUCCUGUCCAUUGUGUUUGCCCAGAACAGCGAUGAGUAUCGUGAAAAGGUGACCAAAUGCUAUCGCGUACAUGUGGAAAUUGAGGAGCAGAAUACGUAUGCCAAGGAUGGCUGGAAAUCAACGAGGCCCUCGACGAUUCUAGCGAAAGCAUUCAGUUUCUGGUGCUUCAGCCCCGCCUUUGGCAUGGAUUUCCUGCGAAAGGUGCGCUGUGUCAUCAUCACGAGUGGCACUUUGGCUCCCAUGAAGCCUCUUAUCAGUGAAAUGGGCAUCGAAUUUCCCGUGCAACUUGAGAAUCCGCACAUUGUCACGCGGGAGCAGGUGUGCGUGAAGGUAGUGAGUCAGGGCAGCGACAAGGAGCCGCUGAUCUCGAAUUACGCCAACAGGGACAAUGUGAAGUAUAUCACAUCGCUGGGCAGGACCCUCUUGUCUUUCGCACCAGUCAUUCCGGGUGGAAUUCUCAUCUUCUUCCCGUCUUACACGCUUAUGACCAAGUGUCAAAAUGCGUGGCAGGAGUCGGGUUUGUGGUCACAGAUCUGUAAUAUCAAGAGCAUCUAUGUGGAGUCGAGAAAGAAGAAUGAUUUUCAGGACACAAUGACUGAGUAUUAUGCGAAGAUUCGCGAUCCUGGAAGCCGGGGAGCGAUCUUCAUGGCUGUGUGCAGAGGAAAAGUGUCUGAAGGACUGGAUUUUGCCGAUCUCAAUGGGCGUGCUGUGUUAAUUCCAGGACUACCCUUUCCGCCUCUCUAUGAUCCGCGAGUCAUGCUGAAGAAGCAGUAUUUGGAGGAGAAUCGACGCACGAUGAAAGAACUGAUCUCGGGCAACGAUUGGUAUUGCUUGGAAGCAUCGCGAGCAGUGAAUCAGGCUAUUGGACGUGUUAUUCGCCACAAGAACGACUAUGGCGCCAUUCUCCUCUGCGAUUCACGCUUCCAAAAUCCACAGCAGAAGAACCAGCUGUCCAAGUGGGUAUUGGGACAUCUCAACUCGCCAGGCAGCAAUGGGAUGAAUUUCGGGCCGCUGAUCGGGGAAGUUUCGCGAUUCUUCAGGAAUGCCGAGAAGAAGUUUGAUGAUCCAGAGAAACAGAUCAAAAGGUUCGACUAUGGUGAAGGUCCUUCAACGUCCUCGGCAGAGGUGAAGCAUAAUUCAGGAUUGACGCGGUUGAAGGAGGUUCUUUCGACAAGUUUCCCGCUACAGAAAUCUGUGAUUGACACAUACAAAGACCUGCCGCAAAGUAGCAAAUCCCACAAUUCGGACUUUCUCUCUUCCCUCAACGGAGAAGUGAAAUCCAUUGACUUCAACGACGUGGAGAAUCCUUAUAUGACCUCCACGUCCGAUGCCUUGCCGCAAUCGAGCCAAGAAGGAGUGCGCAAGAGAAAGUACAAACUUGUGGACAAUGAUAGUCCAAGUCUGCUGGAGUACGGGAAGCCAGAAGAAGAGGAAGAGCAAGCAGAACCAGGAGAAUUGCCAGAGAAUCGAGUUGAAUGUUUGAAAUACAUCAAGACAAAGCUGGAUAUUUUAGACUACAAGAAGUUCGUCAUUUGCCUUCAUAACUACAACACUCAUGGCAAUGUUGAAUCGUUCUUCACCACGCUUCAUGCGCUGUUUGGAACGCCUCGGAAUCACUUCAUUUUGCGCGGUUUGCAGCGCUUUGUCAAGUCUGAGCACAAGGAUGCCUUUGAGAAUUUACUGCGACAGCAUUUAGAAGAAUAAUUGCCA